AUGCGCAUCUCCACCGUCCUCUCCCUGGCAGGUCUUGCCACCGCGGCCCCUGUUCCAGAAGCAGAAGCCCCAAAGUUCGGAAUUGCACCGGCUGGCCAAGGAUUCUUUGGAGCCGGUCAGGUCCGCACUCUCUGGAACCAGGGCGACCACUCCAACCUUGGGUGCCUGACCAACACCGGCCUCUGGACCACGAACGAAAGCCAAUGCGGCACGUUUGUCUCCAAGGAGCUCACAACUGGCCACAGCGUGAAGACAUUCCAACUAUUCACUUCGGCUGGACCCUGCUCCAUCUACGGCGCGAAAUUCUACUGCGACAAGAAUGCGACUCCCUUUCUCUUUGGUCUCUGGCCCUGGCCCAACUCCAUUCCCGGAGUUGACUCCCUCCGCGCAGGCCAGUACGGCCUCAUGGCAACCUUUGGCAACAACCCCCCUCUCAAAGAGGAAGGUCCCCAAGAGAUUCACUUUGUCACAUACAGGGAGACGGGCAAGUACGUCUGGCUUACCUGGGCGCCGCUGCGAGGAGGGCCGAUUUUGACUCCGGUUCCCAUUGAAUAA